AUGCCGCCAAAAGGCAAUGGAGUAUCGGGUCCAAUCGCGCAGAGCGUCCCACCAACGGACGUGGGCGACCAGAUCGACAGGAUGUGUCGCCUGCUGGAAGCAAGCCAGCAGCGGUCCGACGAAGUAAUCAAGACAUUGACUGAAGCUCAGGCUAGGCUCGAAGCUAAGAUUGCUGAGCUGCGCAGAUCCGCUGACACCACACGCAAUACCCAAAACAACAACACUCUCGACUCUGGUAGACCUGAAGUACCAAUCAACCGCAUGAGUUCCCCUCGGCAAAACACGAACCUCGAUAGUGAAAGAUCCCAAGGUCUCCCGCCACCCUCCGGGGCCGAAGAACGACGAGCCCUACUCUCUGACACACAUAUGCGGACGAAAGCAUACCCCAUCGGAUCCGUUCAGCCAACAGCCGAAAUUUGGCCUCAACGAACCACACGUCAAGCCACGCACGAUUCACCUUCUGAAGACCGUGUUCCCUCGAUCCGGUUCUUAGACAGUUGGAAAGAAGAUAUGAUGAGAGAAAUGAUGCAGAAGUUCUCAGACGGGCGAUCCGUUUACGCCACCGAGCAUUUGGAUCUAGUGUCAAGAACCACUGAGAAAUCUCCUUUCUCAAAGUGGAUUCAGAAUGAACCUAAGCCCCGGGACUUCAUCAUCCCUUCCCUGCCUGCAUUUAAUGGAAAUGGAGAUCCGCUAAACCAUUUAUUCCAAUUUCAACAGAAAAUGGCAUUAGAAGUAAACAACGAAGCUAUUCAAUGCAAGGUCUUUUCAACGACUUUCUCCGGGCCAACUUUGUUGUGGUUCCGACAGUUAAAGCCCGGAUCCCUCAACAGUUUUAGUGACCUCCGACGGACCUUUUUACAACAAUAUAGUGCGAACCGAGAGGCACCAAGAACAAUGGCUGACCUCUAUCGGAUUGAGCAAGGGGAAAAUGAACAUCUGAAAACAUAUUUGCAGCGUUUCAUUGACCUCGUGCAUCAAAUCCACGACGUCGAUCCAAUUACCGCAGCCAAUCUCUUCGUCAAAAGCUUGCAGAAGAAGUCUGCGCUCAUCUUUGCUCCACCAACAAAUAACCCUCCGCCACCUGCUAGAGAUGACAAGAGGAAACGGAACCAAACAGAUCACGCGAAGGAAGGAAAGAGGCCAAGACAGGACCGACAGUCACCACGAUACCCUUCCUUCGAAUACACCGUCCCGCAAGAAGUCAUUUAUGAAGAAAAUAAAGAAAGACCUAUCUGGCGAGAGCCCUAUAAAAUUACCACUCCUUCUGAUAGGAGGGAUAAAAGCAAGUACUGCCUCUUCUAUAAAGAUCAUGGUCAUACGAUCGCUGAAUGCCAUAACCUGAACAAUCAGAUCCAAGCUCUCAUGAGGAGUGGGAGGCUUACCCAAUACAUCAAGGAGGCAGGCAAAACUGGCACCUCGCGGCAUAAUCCUGCUUCUGCCCCAGCGCCGCAAGCGUCAGAUCCCGUGCACACAGCCUCUGAUAGCACUCAGGAGCCUCUUAAGCAAGUCCCUAUGAUCCACGGGAUCGUGGAACUCACUGAGAACCAAGAGCAUAUCACCAAAAUCCAUAAGAGGAUGGAAGAACGAGUGAAGCGAUACAAAUCAUUAGGCCACAUGGUCAAUCUUGUCACUUCAGAGGACAGAAGUUAUCCAACCUCUGCAAUCACCUUCACCGAUGAUGACCUGAAGGGCGUACACCUACCCCAUGAUGAUCCACUCGUCAUUUCACUACAGGUUGACCAUUGCCAGCUGGGCAGAGUUCUAAUCGACUGGGGUAGUGGGGUCUACAUCCUCUUUUGGGAAGCCUUCCAGAAAAUGGGGCUAGAGGAGAAUCAGAUCCGACCCUCCACCACACCCAUUCUGGGAUUCAACAGCCAAAGCGUAUAUCCGAAAGGCUUCGUUCGAUUGCCUGUGGUGGCCUCAGAAUGCACCCUGCCAGUAGACUUUCUCAUUAUAGAUUCCACCACAAGCUACAACGCCAUCAUGGGGAGAAAUUGGAUCCACAUGAUGCAGGGGGUAGUCUCAACUUUGCAUCAGGUGAUGCGAUGUCUAUCACCCAAUGGGCGCUACACCGUCGACAUCAAGGGCUGCCAGAAGCAGGCCAAAAAGUGCUUUCUUACCUUGAAAGAAAUAAAUAGCUCUGCCACUGCCUCCCAUAACAACUCCCCUGACAAAUAG